AUGUAUCCGUUCGAGAGCAAGUUCUUCGCAACAGCAUCAGGACAUCGAAUGCACUUCGUCGACGAGGGCGAAGGCGAGCCGCUCGUGUUCGUCCACGGCAACCCGACUUGGUCGUUCGAAUUCCGUUAUCCGAUCCAGGUGCUUCGGUCGGAGUUCCGCUGCGUUGCGCCCGACCAUAUCGGUUUCGGCCUCUCGUCGCGCAGCGCCCGGUGCGAGGACCAUCAUCCGGAAAGUCACGCGCACCGGUUCGCCGCGUUUCUCGAUCACCUCGACCUUCGUGACAUCACCCUGUUCAUGACGGAUUGGGGCGGGCCGAUCGGCCUCGACUUCGCGCGCAAGCAUCCGGAGCGCGUCAAGCGUCUCGUCAUCGCGAACACCUGGUGUUGGCCGGUCGGCGACGACUUCCAUUUCAAGUCGUUCAGCUUCUUGAUGUCGAGCUGGUUCGGCCAGUACCUUAUCCGGCAUCGCAACCUAUUCGUGAACAAGGUGAUGCCGAAGGCGGUCGGCGACCGGAGCGUCCUGACGCCGGAGAUCAUGGCGCAUUACCGCAACGCGCAACCGUCGCCCACCGCGCGCGAGGCCAACGCUGCGCUGCCGGGUUAUAUCGUCGGAGCGAGCGGCUGGCUACGUUCGAUCUGGGGCGACCGUGCUGCCUUUGCGGACAAGCCAACACUCCUUCUCUGGGGCUUCAAGGAUAUCGCGUUCCGCAAGAAGGAACUCGAACGGUGGAAGUCCGCGCUGACGGACUUCGAACUGCACGAGUUCGAGGAUUGCGGGCAUUUUCUGGCGGAAGAAGCGCCCGACAUGGUCGUGUCGACGCUCCGGGCCUUCAUGAGACGCGCAUAG